CAGGAGCAGUUAGCACCUCUAUCUACUCGUAGUUUAGAAGUUGAAGCAUUAAUGUUGGAUUUGUCCUAAAAGGGAACCACUGCAACUCAGCAUUUUAUAUGGUAGGCUACUUUCUCAACAAAUAUCAACCAUAGCCAGGCGGAGAAAUACAUUUUAAAUUAUGUUUUUUCUUUGUGAAAAAGGCAAGAGGCGGAUUUUCAGUAGGCCUACUACCACAACUAGAUACUGAAAAAAACUGAACUAGUUUUUAUUUCCUAUUCCGUUUUAUUGAAAAACGCAUUGGACGAGGAAUAAACUAGAAACCUCAUAAAUUCAUAUUUAUACUUUUGUGUGGGAGAGCGAGAAAAGUGCCACAAUUGGACAUUGAGUAUUUCACUAUGGAAGAAAAUUCUAAUGGCAAUAGAGAGCAUCAAGAUUCGGGCGAAGAGUCCAACAGAGCUAUUCUUCCUCUUCUCCAAGCACCUGGGAACCAGCAACCGCACCGGAUCACCAACUUUUAUAUUGAUAAUAUUUUACGACCAGACUUUGGACGGAGGAAAGAUGGGACUUUUAAUUAUGAUGAGAAUCACCUCAAUGGACGAGAGAAUAGUCCUGGCCUUCCCCCAAAAUCUGGGCAGUUCGGUGGGACGGUGUCAGGGGAAGGAACAUCGAAUUCUCGUUCAGUCAGUGAGCCAAAAAAAGCAGAUAUUGUUGCAGAUACGCUUCUCAAGCCCGGAGAAGAAAUUGGAGAUCAGUGCCUGAGCUCCGACUCGGAAAGUUCUCAUGCCAAUUCUGCACCUUCGUCGAAACCUAUGCUCUGGCCAGCCUGGGUGUAUUGUACAAGAUAUUCGGACCGACCAUCAUCAGGGCCAAGAUCUCGAAAACCAAAGAAGUCGACCACGACAACGACACCAAGCAAGGAUGACAAGCGUCCAAGAACGGCCUUCACAGCAGAACAGCUCCAGAGACUAAAAACGGAGUUUCAGACUAAUCGGUACCUGACCGAACAGAGAAGACAAAGUCUGGCACAAGAACUCGGCCUCAACGAAUCUCAAAUUAAAAUCUGGUUUCAAAACAAGAGGGCCAAAAUAAAGAAGGCUACUGGAAAUAAAAACUCUUUAGCCUUGCACCUGAUGGCACAAGGACUAUACAAUCAUGCCACAUCAUCUAAAGAUGAAAAAUCAGACAGCGAUUGAAGAAAAGUAAACAAUGCAAUAAAUAACUUUAAAGGGCCAGUGUACAUAAUACCAGCAGAUAUUUAAACAAGAAUGAGACAGGAUUUUGCAAUUUUCUGUAGCCUAUAUACAGUAUAUAGGGACUAAACCAUGUUGUGUUGUAACACUUGCCAUGUACUCCCUGAAACUUUAGAAUGCUUCAUCAUCAUUAAAGUUUGUUGGGAUUUUGUUGGGUUUUUAGCAAGUUAUUCUUUUUUUUUUUGGUAGGCGUACUUGACUUUGUGGACACGUUUAACGAAAUAAUGAAAACAGGCUGAAGUCCAAAGAUUUUUUCUGCUGCAUUUUGCAAACUGUGAAUUUAAAUAGCCUAAAUUGUUUAUGAUUUUAAUUUUUAUCACACUGUUUCGUUGUGUUUUGAUGUUUAUGUUGAAAAUACAUUUGAGGUUCCUUUGUUUUGUGUAAAAAAUACAGCCUUUCUGAGUUGAUAUGGAGGGACCAUACGCAUCGAAUUAUGCGUAUUAUCUGAUAAUGUCUUUUUAUAUUCGAAUUCUGCAUUAGCUAGGCUAUAGUUCUCGUGAGCAUUACAUUUGAAUUAUUUCAGCAAAAUAAUUCCACUUUUGGUAGGCCUAGACUACUUAUAGGCUAUUGAUAUGAGACAGAUUUGAUAAAAAUAAAUAUAUUCAACAGGCCUAUACGUUACUUUAAACUUGACCCAAACUAUAGAAAUUAGUUGAGGCUUAAAAGGAAUGUAACCUAACUUCACUUUCACUAAAGGACCUCUGUUGAAAUAGAUAGCAUAUUGUAAGAAAAACAAAACAGUAUUAUAUAAACCGAAAUAUGGGUCUGGUAUGCAUAACACCGACUUCCAUUGGUUAACAAUGCUACGAUGCAACCAAAAGUUUAAGUCAUGCGCGCUUAGCUCAUAUCCGUUUUGGGUCAGUUCCACUACCAACAAAAUACAUUUUUACCCCGGCUCAAAUCAGGAUUUCAGUGCCAAGUGAAGCCUAUACGGACUGUAUGUCUUCAUUUCAAUCAUUAUAGUUUUAUUAACAACUUCAGGGAUGAAGUAACGUCAACGGGCGUCAUAUAUAGGUUUACUGUACAAAUAAUGUAGGCAAUAGAUACGGUAAAGAGGUCAAUCGAACUCGACCAAAUCACUGGAAUUGCCAUGGAAACGAUUAGGGGAAAGGGCCAUGGGGUCAAGAUCCCGAGUCUCAUUGUCCCCCAGUAAAAGUAGCCUAAAUUUGGGCUAUUGUUUAUGUGUAUUUCACACUAUGUUGAGGUAAAACUCGGAGUAUAAUGCGUGUAUGGAUGUCAACACAAACACAUGUUCAUGUAAUCGUUACCAAUCAACUGCAUUACAGUUACAAACGAAUUUGACUACCACCACCGAUUUCUGUACGCUAGCUAUGCUAACUAGUUUAUACGAGCAGGAGUUAGCAUUUAGCAGUCACUUCUAAACCUGAAAAGGGACAACUUCUACAUGUUAUGCAGCGAGAACAGCCAAAUAUAUUCAAAAUCGGACUUAAGUAACCACAUUGUGGGCCUGUUACAAUAUAUGACGGAUUUUUAAAAAAUCCACUUUGUUAUAGAGCAGAUCUGUUGAAUGUGCGCCAAUCUGGUCUGCGUUCCAUUGAAUCCUUUACCGCAUCUAUCUAUAUCAAAUAGUCCAUGCGUUCUAUAGUAUGAAAUCCAUAUUAUUUGCAAAUAACAUAAUUCAUAUUUAUGAACAAUACUCAUAGUCUAAGUGGUCAUGUUUCUCGAAAAGAGACUUCUGGAAUGUUUACAUAACUUAUUUAUCUUGCAAUACCUUGUUUUUGUGAAUGAAACGUUUAGAGGCCUUUGCAUGAAAGCUGCAAUCUGUCACCUGUAUAUCAUGUGAGACAAACGUUGCUGUAUCCAUACCAAAUUGUGGUCUUAUGAUGUGAAUUUCUUUCAUUGUCAAUAUUAAAGUGUGUGUAAAUUAAAAUCCAAACUUAAAACACACUUUGCCUUAAAAGUUCCGUAAAUGAACUUUUCUUAUGAGUACUGUGCUACAAAGAACUAACACAUUACAUGUUUCUAUCAGGAAUGGGCUAUUACCAUUACAGAUGGUAUACAACGUGAAUUUACAACAUCAUUUUGAAACCUGUAUAAAGAAGGACAAAGUUUUGGUUGUGUUUCCCCCCCCCCCAGUAUUCUUUGAUAUCAGACAAAUGUAAAUAAUUUGUAUCAUAACUGUGUAUUUAACUGUAAGUAAA